UAUCCCGUGACACACAGUCCUGCGCCAUUUUUCUCACUCUGUGGUGUGGCUUUCCGAAGUUGGAAGUGCUGCGCCAGUCAAAUCGCAUAUAAAAGAAUCCUGCUGGCUUGUUUUACGGCAGGAUUUGCGUCACUGAUAUCGGUGACCACGGUGCACGGACUCUAACUAUUUAUUGGUGCCGUACAGGUUUAAUAAUUCACAAUGGCCUCUCGGAAGAAGGUCCUACUGAAAGUUAUCAUUUUGGGUGAAAGUGGAGUUGGCAAGACAUCUUUGAUGAACCAGUAUGUGAACAAAAAAUUCAGCAAUCAGUACAAGGCCACCAUCGGGGCAGACUUCCUCACAAAGGAGGUUAUGGUUGAAGAUCGGUUGGUCACCAUGCAGAUCUGGGACACUGCUGGUCAGGAGCGGUUCCAAUCUUUGGGCGUAGCAUUCUACCGUGGGGCAGACUGCUGCGUGUUGGUGUUUGACGUGACUGUGCCAGGCAGCUUCAAGGCCCUGGAGUCAUGGAGAGACGAGUUCCUUAUACAAGCAUCUCCCAGGGAUCCUGAAAACUUUCCCUUUGUCGUUAUUGGCAACAAGGUGGACCUCGAUAACCGAGGGGUUUCUACAAAGCGUGCUCAAGGGUGGUGCCAGUCUAAAAACGGAAUCCCGUACUUCGAGACGAGUGCCAAGGAAGCUAUCAAUGUGGAGCAGGCGUUCCAGACAGUCGCUAAGAACGCCCUGGCUCAAGAGACGGAGGUGGAACUAUACAACGAGUUCCCCGACCAGAUCAAGCUGACCGGGGACCAGAAGCCACGGGCGGACAGCUGUGCGUGCUAGGUCGCAUCCUCUUCCUAUCCUGCCCUCUGCCCCAUAAUGCCCUUCCUUUCUCAUGGCCUCGUUACAAGUUGUGGGGAGGGGUUUCUCCGUUGUGGGUUCGACGUCUGCUGGCACCAUAUCUUUUUCCACUUUUGAAAGGGUUGAUCCCUCUUGGCUAUCUCGGAACAGACACAAUUAGGUGCAAACUGCUUUGCAACAUAUGAUCACAAUGUACUUGAUGAACAUGAAGGGAAAAAUGAGGUGAUUUUUGGUCCUUGAGUUUACCAAAAGUGGGUAUGGUGCCAGCGAGAGUCAGGUCUGCUAGAGUUUGUGACUGCGUGGAAGGGUACAGACUGUGCAAGUUUGUACACCCAUUUUGUACGUACCCUUAAGACGAGUUGAGAUGUAAAAUGUUAGCUUGAAUGGGAGCAUGUUUGGAUACUCUUUGUUCAGUGGGUCACGGGAAAUAGAACAGUUUCCGGUCCUGAUCUGCCAUGACACGAGGGAACGUUUGAUACUGUGCAUAAUGUUUGCAACUUUCUCUCUCUCUCUCUCUCACUGCAAGAGGUUGGGUUGGGGGAGGGAUGGCACUUGGAGGGAGGUGGGUGGGUGCAUCAGAAGUUGAUAGGUAACCUGCAGCUGUGCAGCAGUAGCACUUUUGUAAAUAAGAUCCUGUACCUUUCUGCUCUCUGUUCCGUUUAAACCGAAGACUCCAGUAAUAUCUCGUCAGUGGUGACUCCCAGUGGAUCGGCCAACGGAAUUGAGGCAAAAAGAAAACGUGGUGCGAACAUUCCACUGCUGUCUCCGUUGAAUAUGCUUUAGAGCUCGGCGUAGUCAUUUUGUAACGCGCCUUAAACUUGUACACAAUAUCCGUGCGGCAUAUCGAGACUGGAAGAGAAGAGUGCCUGAAAAUUUUCUUUGCCUGUAUGUUUGUUUUUGCAAAGCUGUACGAAUUGAAGCUACUCUGUGGCCCAUUUUUAUGUAGUUCUGUUUACCUUGUGUUGACUAAGAUCAUGUAAGCUUUUUUAUGAAUAAAUCUGAGGUAUGUGCAACAGA